UUCCUCUUCGUGGCCACAGCGGAUUUUCACGAUACAAGAUCCCCCAGAAUGUUCCGUGAAUUAUAAAUGACCAGUGUUACUGUUUUAGUGGUGGGAGUGCAUUUCAUCACUGACCAUCGCGACGCGUUGGUGCCGGCGCUCAAACCGGUAUUACACUUUUUCUCUGAUCAGAUUUUUUUGUGACCCGGUCAGGAAUAGGAGCCCCGGAGCUCAUGCGAAAGCAUCUCGGCUCCAGGCCCCAUGGACACAACUCGGCCACCGAUUCAAAUGGACAAAUGACGAGGUGGGAACAGGGAAAUGGCGAAGCGGUCCGAUGGUCAGGCUGAGCGCAGAACGGCUUCGGCCACGGUCACAGGACACACUUCGACUGCUGCUGCCAAAAAAACAAAAAAAACAAACGGUGACGCUGCAUAGGCAGGUCACACAUUGUCCCACCACAGGUGGUUAGAUCGGGUCACAAAAAGUCCGGGGUAGGCCACCGGACCGGUUAAUAUAAUAACACGUAUUGUACGUCCCCCUGUCCUUCCCGCUCUCUACCACCAGGUGUCAGUGAAACCCAUUUCUGGUAUUUGCAGCACACUUCCCGUAACAGCUUCUGUUUUUUUUUGGUUUAAUUUUGUUUAGUUUUGUUUGCACUUUUUAUGUGCGCGCGUGGGGCUAAUCGCCACAAGGAAGCAUUAGCAAACGUAUCGACCGAGGCUAUUUAACAUUCCAGGCCCGCGCGCCCGUCUCGAAAAAAAACUGUAUCCACUAAUGUCACUCGGUUGUUUAAUGAGCGGUAAUUAUUGGGACAAGUAGUCGUGGUUGCGCGGAACAGACACAUUUUCCCUGCCUGAGGCAGGUUGGCGAAGCUGAGAGAAGUGACGGUUGGCGAUGGUUCGGGUGGAGGUGGGAGGGGCGGGAAGAAUCAUAACAACAGAUCUGCAAACGCUGUGCGCAGCGGCCGCCGGUUCGCACGGUGAGGUCGGUCUGUUUUCAGAUCAGUGGAGCGCCUGAUUGCGCACUCCCUCGACCACCUCCGAAAGGUUUUCACCUCGCAUGUCCUCUGCAUGGACUUAGUGUUCCGGCUAGCCCCUCCGGCCGUGGCAUGGACGCCGUCACGUUAUAGCUGCGGGAUCGGCUUUUCGUAUGGCCGGAGCUUGCUGAGUCCAUGAGUGAGAGUCUGCGGACCUGCUACCUGUACCUGAACCAGACUAGCCGAAGUUUUGCAGCUGUGAUUCAAGCGCUGGACGGGGAGUUACGACAUGCAGUUUGUAUUUUCUACUUGGUGCUGCGAGCGCUCGACACAGUGGAGGACGACAUGACCAUCCCUCUGGACAAAAAAGUCCCCAUGCUGAAUGAUUUCCACACCUACCUGUACCAGGACGACUGGUCCUUCACUGAGAGCCAGGAGAAAGACCGGCAGGUUCUGGAGGAUUUCCCUACGAUAUCACUGGAGUUCAGAAACCUUGCUCAGGAAUACAGAGACGUCAUCUCAGACAUCUGCCACCGUAUGGGAGUGGGAAUGGCUGAAUUCCUGGAGAAGAAAGUGGGAUCCAUGAAGGAGUGGGACCAGUAUUGCCACUAUGUGGCAGGGCUGGUCGGCAUCGGUCUAUCUCAGCUCUUCUCUGCGUCCCAGCUGGAGGACCCUGAGGUGGGGCGGGACACCGAGCUGGCCAACUCCAUGGGCCUGUUCCUCCAGAAGACCAACAUCAUCCGAGACUACCUGGAGGACACGCAGGAGGGGCGUACCUUCUGGCCACAGGAGGCUUGGAGUCAGUUUGCAGGUCGUGUUGAGGACUUGGCCCAACCAGAGAAGCUGGAGUCGGCUCUGUCCUGUCUCAACCUGCUGGUCACUGAUGCUCUGCGACACGUCCCCGACGUCAUCGCCUACCUUUCCCGCCUGCGCAACCAGAGCGUCUUUAAUUUCUGUGCUAUUCCACAGGUGAUGGCAAUAGCUACACUAUCAACAUGCUACAACAACCCCAUGGUGUUCCAGGGGGUAGUGAAGAUCAGAAAGGGACAAGCUGUCACCCUCAUGAUGGAAGCCACCAGCAUGAGAGCUGUGCAGACCAUCAUCGCCCAGUACAGCCAGGAGAUUUUACAGAAGGUCUCCCUCACUGACCCGUCACGGGACAAGACCCUGCACAUCCUGGCUCUAAUCCAAGAGAAGUCCACACCGUUGCCGUCCAGUCUCCCCUCCAGGACCCACCACCUGUCGCCCAUGUACCUUUCUGCUGCCAUGCUGCUGGCCGCUCUCAGCUGGCAGUACCUCAGCACUACGGCAGCGCAGGCGCAGGGCACCGGCGACAUGCAGGGACAGUGAACCCCUUCACCCUCACCUUUCCUGAAGGCUACAGACUAAGAAAAUCCCUCUGCCCACUCUGGAGGUCUGGCUCUCCUCUCACUAGAGGAUUCUGAAGCACUUCUUCCCCACUCUGCCCUGUUUGUUCUGGCCGUUACAGGAGCAAGGACAUAUUUACACUAUAGAGGGGUUCUGGUAGCGGGGCUGGUCUUAUUAGGUCGAUUGAUAGUGAUUUGUGGUAAUCCAUCCUUCAUCUGGAUUAAUUAUUUACACACAGUGUCGUGUGGUUAUAUUCACCAGCGUAAAUGGCACAUUGAAACAAUUCAGGGUGUUUUAUUGUCAUUUGAUGUUUCUGCUGAUCGUGUGUUUCUUCCUUUUUUUUGUUCGAUUUGUUUGAAACAUUUUGACCCAUUGUUUGGAUUGAUUGAAAAUGUUCAUCAUAUUUGAACAUUUCAAAACAGAAAAAUAAUCGAUUAAUUUUCUCUGUUGAGUGAGCUGAAAUGUUUAAAUACACAAAACAUGACACUGCCCAUUUUAGGACUUUGGGGAGCACAAUCACAAAACUUCAUUCAGUUUUCCUUUAAUUUUGUCUCAGAUCUUAGAUUUCUUAUUUGUCAUGUCAAAUUAAAGCUAGCAUAGUAUUCCACUUUAUUUUAAGGCAUUUGUGCUGUAUGUAUGUGCUGUAUAAAUGUGGAUAGCAAUUCCGGCGUAGUUUUAUCAGACAUGGACUGUUGAAAUGAAUAAGGGAGAUCAAAUAUAUAUUGAGCAAAUGGAAUUUCUGAUACGUUUGAUGUGGGAGAGAAAAUCAUAUUCAGACUGCUAGCUAAAGUGUCCUUAAUGCAGCUUUGGUGAGUAGAAAGGCUAGCACAGAGUAACCUUGCACAGAACCAAAGGAGAGCUACAAACAUUGCUAUGUAAUGUGAAAUUUUUAUUUGUAUGUAUUUGAACAAAUAAAGAGAUGAAGUGAU